GAAAUCUAUAAAUAGAUGAAUAGUUUCUUUUAGACGCCAUUUUGACAACAAACUCCUCAUAAACAGAGCGGGCAAAAAUGACGAUUUACAAAGUAAACAACCAAGAAAAGAAUGAAAAGAAGGAUAUUUUGGAACAAAAACUUCUUGCAGCCGUUGUGGCUGAUUCAGAAGUUCCUGACACCCAUGUAGAGGUUGAUGUUGCCCCACCCCCCAGGCGUCACUCCCGGGCCUGGCUCAACCUGUUCCUGAUAUUGGUGGCCAUUCUGGUUCUAGCGGCGGGUAUAACAGGCGGAGUUCUUCUGUAUAAACGACUCUCACACAAGAGACAAGAAGGAAUAAUCCGCGGACAGUGUGGAUUCCGGGCUGACCUCCAGUAUGACUACCAGUCCACCAUGAUGGACAAUGACAUCAGACCUGAUGCUCCAAAGGACCCGUACUUCCUCUCCAAUCAGCAGUUGGACCAGCAGUGGAGCAAGGACAAGACGGAAGAACCGGUGCUGAACAAGCCCCACAAGCACCACCGCCACCACCGGCCCCAGAUGAUGCACUAUGACCUCUCGGAAGACGUGCAGGUCAUUGACGACCAGGUGGAGAGGAUCCACAUGCCAAGUUUCAAGGAUUUCCGUGACACCAUGAUUCUCCAUGACUUCCAGAAGAAUUACACAGCUAUUGUGGAUUAUGACAAAAGGUCUUGCUACAUCAUGAAGUUGGAUAGAGUGAAAGUUACCCCUCCCAAGGAUUGGAUUGAUCUCAUCCAGAAGUUCGCUACUGGUUACUACAUGCCCAGGGCUGACGUUCUCAGGAAACAGUAUCGUGUGACCUUGCCAGCUCUGAAGGACAUUUCGUUCCUGGGUCGCUACAUUGAGAAGGAGUGCCUGUACUUCCAGACCUACACAAUGGAGAAAAUGGUCGGAGACCACUUCAUUGCCAAGCGGGAUGUGCGUGGAUUGAGCAAUGCUCGAUACAGUUACUACGAGCCCCGCAUCAAUAGCUACAUUCAGAUGCAGCUGUUUAAAUCUCAAUAAUAGAAAACAGGGCUGAGGUAUGAGAGCAGAUUGUUGUUGAACUUUUGUUGCCAGAAAGAAAGAGGAUUUUAGAUCUCUUGAUGGACGUUGUACUUUUUUCAGGGGAUUUUUUCAAGUCCCACCUGUUUACUACAAAAAAACUUUUCUGUUUUUGUAUAUAAUAAUACAUUGAACAUUAUAGAUUAUCAAGGAAAGCUCUUGUGUCUAUUAGAUGAAAUUGCUGUCUCCAACAAAAUCUGAUGGUUGGUCAAUCUUAUAAGCCACUUUUCUGCCAUUUUGCUGAAUCGAAAAUGCAUGUUUUCACAUUAUUCUUAAGUUGUUUGUUAUAAAAAAAACAUAAAUUUUGACUCAAGAGCCUUCCUUAUGUUUAGAUUGAUUUUAUUCUGUUUGUUAUACAAGUUGUUAAGCGUAUAAAAUAUGCUUUGAUCUGUAACAUUUGGUUUACUAUAGCCUUGUCAUGUGUAUUUUGUAUAAAUUGUUAUAUGUAUUUUAAUUAUCCAGCAUCAAAAUGCCUGUUCAUAAGACAGCCUACAAUUUCCCAUACAUUUCGAUGUGAUUGGGCUUUUCAGGGCUGCAUAUGCUUGUUUCAUCUCUAACAGGAUUGUAAAGUUUGCUUAAUAAUAAUCAAUUUAGGGUGUAUAUUAGCACUGAAACUUUCUGAUGUACAAGUAGUACAUGUACAUAUAUGUAAUUGUUAUUUUUAUAGAAAAAUAAAUAAAUGUAUGUUAAGAAACAAAAAACUUAUAAAUGGCAAAUUUUAACAUGUCAGUUUAUUGUUAAUUUUUAACUCAUCGCGGGCAGGAUUUCUGUAUUUGCAUUUUUCCACUCAUUUUUAAUAUAAAAACGUCAUUAAAUCAGAUCUUCACUCUGAAAAGAAAUCAAAUGUUUUAAUGAAACUGUACAGUGCUGUGUAAUGGUAGUGCUUAUUAUCAUCAUAUGAUUUAGGUAUCAUGAUGAAAGCAUUAUUUUAAGCAUGUAUAGAUUUUUACUUUGAAAGUAAUUGUUAAUAUUAUGCUAUCUGGUCAAAAAACUGUAAUUUUCUGUGCUACAUUGUGAUUUAAUUGUCGUCUUUUGUUGGAAGAAAAUGACCCUUUAUUUUCAAGUAAAGAUUACUGGGUAAUUCCUAGAAAAACAAACUCAAGCAAUUAUAUAAAA